AUGCAGACAUUCGCUACUAUAGGCAAUCGGGUUAUACUCUUGGCAACAGCACAAAUACGCAUCUUAAAUGGCUUUGGCGAUAUCGACUCGUGUCGAGCUCUAUGCGAUCCAGGCUCUCAGGUAAGUCUAAUGAGUACGCGAUAUUUUAAUCAACUGGCUCUGCGGAAGCAGAAAAGUGCAUUGCAAUUACAAGGCGUUGGCAGUGGCAAUCGUUCAUAUACUAAUGGCCGGGCAGUCUUGCGCAUAUUUUCGACUGUCAAUGCUUUAUUUGGCUUGGAUGUUGAAUUCUACAUCAUCAACAAAAUUACCUCAGCAAUCCCUGUGGCUCCAAUCAUGGAAAACUGUUGGCAGCAUUUACGCAAUUUGCCCUUGGCAGACCCGAAAUUUGGCGAAACUGGUGUUAUAGAUGCAUUGCUUGACUCAGACGUAUGGGGCCAAUUGUUGGCAGAUGGCAUAGUUCGUGGCGAGCUUGAUGAUCCUGUGGCACAAAAUACGCAAUUAGGCUGGGUUGUAUUCGGACCAGCCGAAGCAACCGUGCAUAAUUACAAGGCGGAACAAUCUAUGGCAUUGCGUGUGGAGGCGCCUGAUGAGCGAGUUGAUGACCUUCUACACAGGCUAUUUGAAUCCAAAGAAAUUGACAUGGCUAAAGGCGAUACACUAGCAGCAGUUGAUCUUUGCGAGUGCAUUUUCAUGAGCACACAUAAGCGUUUUGAUGAUGGCAGUUAUUGUGUACAAAUACCAUUUACACCAGAUGCUCCACCACUUGGCAAUUCACAUCAGAUGGCACUCAGGCAAUUUCACCAGUUGGAACGAAAAUUGGCAUCCAACUCAGAGCUGAGCCAAAGAUAUGUGGCUUUUAUGCGCGAAUACGAACAACUUGGUCACAUGCACCCUAUUCAGCAUCAUUCAGGCGACCCAUCUCAGGCAUACUACAUUCCACAUCAUGCAGUCAUGGCAAAAUUCCGAGUCGUAUUCAAUGCUUCCGCAAAAACAUCGAAUGGCAUAUCAUUAAAUGAUACACAACUCGCUGGCCCCCCAAUACAGGAUUUAUUACUUAACCUUUUGCUUCGCUUCAGGCAGCAUCGAAUAGCAUUCACAGCUGAUGUGGAGAAAAUGUUCAGGCAAGUCAAGGUUGACGAGAGGCACAGGCAGUGGCAACAGAUCCUCUGGCGGGAAUCAUCCGAUCAGCCCAUUCGCACAUAUCAAUUGGCUACCGUUACAUAUGGCACAACUAGUGGCACAUAUUUGGCUGUUCGCGCUAUGCAGCAAUGUGGCAGAGACAACUCUUAUAAACUCUCAGAUGAAGUACGAGCUAAAACUGCUUUGCACAGCAUCCUGUAUGAUUUCUACGUAGAUGACUACCUUAAGAGUACACCUUCUAUUGGCAUGGCGAUUCAACUGGCGGCCGAUGUCUCAUCUGUUUUGGCAGACGGUCAGUUCCAUCUCAGGAAAUGGAAAUCGAAUAGCGCUGAAGUCUUGGCACAUCUUCUUGGCGAUGCUGAUCCAUGUCAGCUUAAUUCGCACUUGGCAGAAACUACUGUUCUUGGCUUACACUGGGAUCCACUCACUGAUGAACUCUUCUAUCAGGUCAGCUCUUAUGAUGCACAACAUCUUACGAAAAGGCAAGUGCUUAGCGAUGCCGCAAAAUUAUAUGAUCCAAUUGGCAUGUUGGCACCGGUCAUCAUUACGGCUAAACUUUUCAUACAGAAACUCUGGCAAGCAAAAUUGGCAUGGGACGACCCAUUACCACUUGAACUGUUGCAAGAAUGGCUCAUAUACCGAAGGCAGCUGUCCCAACUGGAGGCAGUGCGAAUACCGCGUUGGAUAGGCAUGCAACCCGGAUAUCAAAUACAACUUCACGGCUUCUGCGAUGCUAGUGUCAAGGCAAUGGCUGCAGCACUCUAUUUGGCAACAAACCACAAUGGCAGUAUCACUAGUCACAUUAUCGCAUCAAAAACUAAAGUGGCACCAUUACAUUCGGUAACAGUACCCCGAUUGGAACUUUGUGCUGCGCAAUUGUUGGCUACUCUUUUACACGAAACAAGGCAGGCUUUGCAUUUGGAGCACGUACCAUACACUCUAUACUCCGACUCAAAUAUUGCUCUAUGUUGGCUACGCAAAAACCCAUCACAAUUAAAGCAGUACGUUGCUAAUCGCGUUGGCUGUAUUCAAUCGAUGACAGAUAUCAGGCAUUGGCAUCACAUUCCUACCAAACAUAACCCAGCUGAUUGCGCCAGUCGUGGCAUAUCCCCUUUGGCGUUGCAAAACUACGCAUUAUGGUGGCACGGUCCUAAUUCAACUGAUUAUUCAAUCAAUGAGCUGCACCACUGUGCACCAGCAGAGCUGGCAAUAAUGGAAGGCGAGUUAAAACCAGUUAAGGUAAAGGCAUUGCAGGUAAUAGGCAACCCGCAUUACAGACACACUACACUGCUGGCGACGAAUUGGUCGUCAUAG